GGGAAAAUUGAUUUCCAUUAACGAGGAUAGCAGCAGGACGCUUGUCAAGCCGAGGGGCUGCGGGCGUGCAUAAAGACUUCCCCCCCGUAGAGGCGACAAAGUCCGCGCAGUGUUGAGCAGCCAUGUCGCCAUCAAUACAACUCCAGGAGAUGAUCCGGGCCAUCAGGUCGGCCAGGACCCAGUGUGAGGAGCGGGGUGUCAUCCAGAGGGAGUGCGCCGCCAUCCGGGCCCAGUUCCGCCAAUCUGACGGCGACAGUCGAUCCCACAACCUGGCCAAGCUCCUCUACGUGCACAUGCUGGGCUACCCCGCGCAUUUUGGCCAGAUGGAGUGUGUGCGGAUGAUAGCCAGCCCUCGCUACAGUGAGAAGCGCGUGGGCUACUUGGGCGCCAUGAUGCUGCUGGACGAGAAGCAGGACGCCUGUCUGCUCAUCACCAACUCCAUCAAGAAUGACCUGUCACACAGCAGCCAGUACGUGCAGUCUCUGGCUCUGUGCACGCUCGCCUGUAUCGGCUCAGCUGAGAUGUGCAGGGAUCUGGCGCCGGAGAUCGACAGGCUGCUUCGAGCCUCCAACUCCUACAUUAAGAAGAAGGCUGCUCUGUGUGCAAUACACAUUGUGAGAAAAGUUCCCGAUCUCGGGGAGCUUUUCGCUCCGACGGCUCGCGCCCUCCUGGUGGAAAAGCACCACGGUGUGCUCCAUGGCGCCGUAGUGCUCAUCACGGAGCUGUGCGUGUGCAAUCCAGAGACACUCGAGCGCUUCAGAAAGGCAGUGCCAGACCUGGUUCGGAUCAUGAAAGGCUUGGUCACCUCCGGGUAUUCUCCAGAGCACGAUGUGGCUGGGAUCAGCGACCCUUUCCUGCAGGUGCGCAUCUUGAGACUGCUGAGAAUCCUCGGUCGCAACAACGAGGCAGCGAGUGACGCCAUGAACGACCUCCUGGCUCAGGUAGCGACCAACACGGACAGCACUAAGACCGUGGGCAACGCCGUGCUGUAUGAGACCGUUCUUACGGUGCUGGACAUCAAGUCGGAGAGUGGCCUCAGGGUCCUGGCUGUGAACAUCUUGGGACGCUUCCUCCUGAACAACGACAGAAACAUUAGGUACAUCGCCAUGAACUCACUGCAGAAGAUAGUCGGGACAGACAACAUAGCCGUGCAGCGUCACAGAGGAACCAUCGUGGACUGCUUGAAAGACGCCGACGCCUCUGUCAAACGCCGCGCUUUAGACCUCUCAUUGGCCUUGGUGUCCGCCAGCAACAUCCGCUCCAUGAUGAAGGAGCUACUCGUCUUCCUCUCCUCCUGCCCGCCCGAACUCCGAGCCGAAGCUGCCAGCGGUAUAUUCCACGCCGCGGAGAGGUAUGCACCCUCCCAGCGUUGGCACAUUGACACCAUCCUGCAUGUCCUCACCACGGCGGGAGGUGACGUGAGGGAUGAAACCGUCCCCAACUUGAUCCAGCUCAUCACCACCGCUUCUGACCUUCACUGCUACACCGUGCACAAGCUCUACCGGGCGCUCUUCACAGACAUCUCUCAGCACCCCCUGGUGCAGGUGGCGUGCUGGUGCAUAGGCGAGUACGGCGACCUGCUGCUGAAAGGAGAGUGCCAGGAGAUGGAGCCUGUUGAGGUGACUGAGGACAGCGUGCUGGACGCCCUGGAAACGGUUCUGCAGUCCCACAUGUCGACCCCGGUGACCAGAGGCUUCGCGCUCACCGCCACAAUGAAACUGAGCACCCGCAUCACCGAGAACGUGGACCGCAUCCGGAGCAUCGUGAGUAUUUACGGCAGCUGCAUUGACGUGGAGCUCCAGCAGAGGGCGGUGGAGUACAACGCCCUCUUUCAAAAAUAUGACCACAUGAGGGCGGCGGUGUUGGAGAGGAUGCCUCUGUUUGAGAAGAACUCCCCGGGUCACACCAACGGAGACUCCGCCGGGGACGCCGUCAAAGAGGUGAAGCAGAGGGAGGUCUCACUCCCGCCACAAGCACCUAACCAGGUGUGUAACCUCUUGGACCUGCUGGGGGACACCGAGGAGCCAGUUCAGCCCGGUCCAGCUCAGGGCAGCGCAGCACCCGGCCUGUCCGUCAACACAGCAAGACCUGCCGGGGCAGACCUCCUGGACCUGUUGGGGGGUUUUGAACCACCAACCCCACCGACCUCAGCCCCCCCCACCACCACCACCGUGUACCAGAAGAACGGCGUGACGUUGGCGCUGAGUUGCGAGAAACAGUCUGACGCCAACCUGACCGUCACGCUCACCGCCUCCAACUCCUCCGAUUCGGACAUCUCCAGCUUCGCACUCCAGGCCGCCGUUCCCAAGAGCGUCCACUUACUCAUGAAGGCCCCCAGUGGAGACCUACUUCCUGCACGAGGCGCAGCUCAGGUCACCCAGCUGGUCGUUCUCAACAACCCCAACAAGGUCAACCUGAAGAUGAGGAUAAGGAUGUCUUACUCCAGCCAAGGAACGACCACUCAGGACAUGAUCCAGAUCGACUCCUUCCCUGGACUGACCUGACCACCGCUUGGUAGUGUGCGAGCACCACACCUUUUAUAGUGUUGUCUCCAUGGCAACACAAAGUAUUCCCACUCUCCAUACAAGGUGUCACAUUCAGGGUUUUUAAGAGGGUAUUUACUUCAAUUUGUCCUUCUGAGCGGGCGUGUAACACUCCUGAUGCUCCACUCCUCACUGCUCCUGUGCCUUCCUUUUGUGUGACCAUCAAUCAGACCCUGGACCCUUUUUAAGCUCUUUUUAAUGGAACUUCAUUUGGCUCUUUAUUACAAAAUACUUUUUUGGACAAUUAAUUUUUUUUUAUUUAAUAAAAUUUCCAUUUAAUUUUUCAUUGAAUAAAAAUAUGUGAGCAAUAUUUGUUUAUUUAAAAAAAUCAGUGUAAAAAAUGUUUUUGUGCAGAAAUAUUCGUGACUGAAGCAAUCGAUCUUGUCUCAAAGAGGCGAGUUUUGAAGCAACAAAAACAUUUUUACACUGAAUUUUUAAUAUUUUAACACAAAUGUUGAUCCCAUUAAAUAGCAUAAUUUGAUGUAAAAAAUAAAAAUAAAAAAAUCAGUUCACUAAAUUCUGCUAGAUAAAUUAAUUGUCUAAAAACAAAGUGUUCGUAAUGAAACAAAAUCCAGAAAGUAUUCAUAGUGCUUCACUUUUUUCCACAUUUUAUGUCACAGCCUUAUUCCAAAACAAACCAAAUUAUUUUUUCUGCAUACAUUUCUACACACAAUACCCCAUAAUGACAAUGAAAUAUAUAUAUAUAUAUAUAUAUAUUUUCAGAUGUAUUAAAAAAAACUAAAAAACUCACAUAUCUUUGGUCAGUGUGUAAUAAAUGUGCAAAAUAAACAUCACAUUGUCAUGAUGGAGUAUUUAUUGUGUGUAGAAUUAUGAGGACAAAAAAAGCAGUCCAUUGUGAAAUAAGGCUAUGAUGAGUGUUGUGAAUACUUUCCCCACGCCAUGUAUAUACUCAUGUGGUUAUACUCCUACAAGAUGUAUUUAUUUCUGUACAUGGACAACUUUGGAAUGAAUUGUGGGUGUCAGAUCAGUUUCUCCCACCAUAUCCUUUUUUUUUUUUAAAUAAAGUUUGGGAAGCUUG